UUGGUUUGAGCUGUCUGUAAUGAGGCUGAGUGAUUUAUCCACCCGCCGGCGAAGUUCUGCUGCUCUGGGAAAAACUUCUCCAGUGAUGAUUCCUGCUCGAUUCUGAUCCUCUGAAUCUACAGGACUUCUCCACACCUUCUCCAUCAUCUCCACACCUUCUCCACACCUGUGUCACUACCCCUCCAUGCCCCGCGGUGCUGCAUGAGUCCCGUACCGGCCACUGUUGGGAUGAAGGAGCUGCUGGAGGAGAUGCCUGACUCCGGGUUCGGGUGCGCCGUGGCGAACCGCUUCGGGAAGCUUCUGGAUGAUGAGUCGGAUCCGUUCGACCUGCUGUACCAGGCCCAGGCGCAGCAGGAGCGGAAAAAGAAGAAAGAGGAGCUGAAGAAGCCCCAAGCUGCUCCCAGCAGAGCCGGGAAGAAGGAGUCUCAGCGGGAGAGGAAGGCUCCGACUCCGACUCCGGCUUCGGCUCCGGCCCGACCUGCUGCCGGGGAGAGGGAGAGCGCCGCCGGGGCGCGGAGUGUAGCAGGUCAGAAGCGUACAGUUCGUGGUCCAGCUGAAGAGAGGGUGGAGAGACGCGUGGCCUUCAAUGAACCCAGGUUCAACGAGGGCAACGAUUCCCUCGGGUACUCCAUUGAGAGGCCCUCAGAGCCGUAUGACAGAGCUUAUCGAGGGAGAGGAGGUGGAAGGGGGCGUGGUGCUCGAGGUGGUGUAUAUUCCAGGUCUGCUGAUGGCUUCGAUCCAAGGGGGAAGAGGGAGUUUGAGCGCCACAGUGGCAGUGACCGAGCGAAUGUUCGUCCUGAGGAGAAGAGGGGAGGCAGUGGCCCUCGCAACUGGGGGUCCAUGAGAGACCAUGUGAAUGCAGUGGCUGACGUGACUCCUGAUGUGACUGAGGAAGUUGGUGAAGGCGAAGAAGCAGCAGAUGCAGCAGAUACUGAUGCAGAAAACCAGCCUCUUGAAACUGAAGAAGUAAUUGAGGUUGCCAUAGAGAUGUCUCUGGAUGAAUGGAAGGCUCUGCAGGAACAAAGUCGACCCAAGGCGGAGUUCAACAUCCGGAAGGCAGAGACCAAGGUCCCCUCAAAGGCUGUGGUGAUCCACAAGUCUAAGCGUGCUAAGGAGAAUGCAAAUGAUUUGAGCGAGGAUGAUGCGAGCUUUCGGCGCCCUGCUAACGACAUCACCUUCCAAUUAGAGAUCAACUUUGGCAGUCUGGGACGGCCGGCUCGAGGGGGUAGAGGAGGAGCGCGAGGGGGCCGGGGUCGUGGGGCGGCUGCUCCUCCCCAAAGAUCACCUGAAAAGUUGCUUGGCACGGCUCCAAACCCAGAUGACCCUGAGGAUUUCCCUGCGCUGGCCUAAUGCAGCUGCUGCAGAAAGGGCCCCCUGGAUCUAAGCUAUGGUGCCAAACCGGCAGAAGUACUGAUUGCCUUGCUCUGUUCUGGGUGAAUCAAACUGCACUUGAUGUAAAAAGAAGAAUGUAAGAUUUAAGCUGUUUGUUCGCUUAUUCUCUGUGGGCUGCCUUUUUUUCAGACGCAACUGCAAUUGUUACCUUUUGGGUAGGCCCCUUUUUCAGUGUGACUCUUCGUGUAGUUUUCACAUGAAAAUAAAUCAAGCAAAUACA